AUGGUAAGGACUGAAGUGUAUGGCCAUCGAGGCAUGGGAUGUAGCACAGUUUUAACCUUCUCUUCAUGCCCUGAGAACAGUUUAUCGUCGUUUGAGAAGUGUUUGAAGGCAGGUGCCGACGGACUUGAGUUCGAUCUUUUUUUAACAGAUUAUGGCGAAAUGGUUGUUUGUCACGGAAAGGAACCCUACGGAUUCGCCAACUUAAAUCUUUUGUUGUAUGAAGACGGUAAAUUGAGUACAUUUCCUCCAGAUCUUUCCAUUGAGAAUAUAACUGUUUCGCAUUUAAAUGUCGUGCUUAAAGCGCCCUGGACUCUCCCGGGACUUAAUUCUCGGGAUGCCGUGAUAGAAUACUCAAAAAAGCUGAGUGAUUCUGAGAAACGUGACUUAUUGCAAAAGUAUCUACAGGAGACGAAAGGAUAUAAACCAGAACAAAGCUCAGAUUAUGAACGUCUUCCAACCUUGGAAGAAGUUUUCAUGAAGUUUGGGUCUGGGAUCAAGUAUAACCUCGAACUAAAGGGCUCAAAGGAGCAGCUGUCCCAUGAGGUUUUAAAACUUCUCGAGAAGUAUAAACAUUUGGAUGUGUUUAUUUCCUCAUUCCAGUGGAUCCCGCCGCCAUUGGACCCGAGUUCUAAAUUCUACGACAACAACAACGAGAAGAAUCCCAGCCCAUCACCAGUGGAUCUCCUUUUCCCACUUGUUGGUAACCACCUGAAUGUUCCUUUAGGGUUGUUAUUUGACCGUCUGGAAUCACUGCCUUCAGUUCCCAGAAUGGUGGAGAUUGUAAAGAAGUACAAGGCCUCAUUCGUUAACGUCCCAGACUCCUUCUGGUUAACCCAAGUGCCGGUUUUAGGCCUUGAGGAGAGGAAGGAGAUGGCUCUGGAGAGGUUUGUAAAGGAAAUGCAUGCUAACGGCGUCAAGGUUUUGACUUACUCGACUCAACCGUUCGACAACUUGGAAAAUGUAAAGUUGUAUUUUGAGUCUAGGGUGGAUCGCGUUUGUCCAAACGACGUUGAAGCGUUUGUCACCUUCUCAAAAUCAUUUUUUUAA